AUGAAACUACUACCACAAUGUCACCAAAUUCAGUAUAUCUUUAUCGCUGCACUAUUGCUCAUCGACUUUAUCAUCAUACAGGCACCUACUAUCAUACCUCGAUCUAUAUUAGCAGCAUUACUCUUAUCUUCAUUUUGGAUUCCUUAUAUCAGAAAAUUCACUUUACCCGCUUUACCCAUCUUUACUUGGUUAAUUACUUUUUACGCCUGUCAAUUUAUUCCUAUUGAUUAUCGUCCUAAUCACAUUUUUGUAAACUUAUUACCAACCCUUGAGAGAAUUCUUUAUGGCGCCAACUUAUCCGAAGUAAUCUCAAAGCAUACACACCCUGUAUUAGACAUUCUUGCGUGGCUACCUUAUGGUGUCAUUCAUUUCAGCUUUCCUUUCAUUUUGGCAUUGUUGCUCUUUGUCUUUGGCCCACCAGGCUGCCUCAAAGUCUAUGGCGCCGCGUUUGGUUACAUGAACCUCGCUGGUGUACUUACUCAACUACUAUUUCCAAAUGCAUCUCCAUGGUACGAACUCAGUUACGGUUCAGCACCUGCAGAUUACUCUAUUCCUGGUGAACCUGGUGGAUUGAUUCGUAUCGACAAGAUUCUUGGUUUAGAUUUGUACGGCUCUACCUUUGGAUCCUCUCCGCUUGUGUUUGGCGCCUUUCCCUCCCUUCACUCCGGUUCUGCAACCAUUGAGAUGCUUUUCGUGGUCUAUCUUUGUCCUAAACUCAAGCCAUUAGCUAUUGCUUACGUGAUGUGGAUGUGGUUUGCUACCAUGUAUCUUACUCACCACUACAUGAUUGAUCUUGUGGGUGGAUCAAUUUAUGCUAUUGUUACAUUUGCUGUAGCUCAAAAUUUUUUACCCUCAAUUAAUCCUGAAUGUCGUACUCGAAUGCAAUAUCUUGGCGCAACCAAAUUAAGUAUUAGAUCACUAAUCUACAGCAUUGAACAUGACGACGUGGUGCUAGAACAGAUAACAGGAGAUGAAGAAGCAGCCUUGCUGAAACAUAGACCAGAACCACUUGUUUUAUCAUCCGAUGCUUAUAAUACGACCUACGAUGACACUUACUCACCAACUUCAUCCGUCUAUACUUCCGAGCCUGACUCACCCGUUACACCUCAUUCACCUAUACUCAAUCAGUUUGACUUUACGAAAUAUUCUAAUUAG